ACGUUUCUGUGUACCGACGUCAUUUACAUGUGUCUUACUUCCUAUUACUUCUGCGUACAGUAACUGUCAUGUAGGAAUAGUAUAUAAAGAGAAUUGGUAACCCUGGUCAAACAUUCGCAGCUCGCUCGUGAAACAAUAACAUAUUAAAAAUGGCAGCCAAGUUCGUCAUUGUUGCUCUGCUGGUGGCGGCUGCUCAAGGCAGCGCUGUCCAUGGUGGUGACUACACCAGCUUCUCAUACGGUGUGUCCGACCCCCACACCGGUGACGUGAAGAGCCAGCACGAGACCCGCGUCGGAGACAGCGUGGUGGGCCAGUACUCGCUCCUCGAGUCUGACGGCACCAAGCGUACCGUCGACUACGCCGCUGACGCUCACUCUGGAUUCAACGCCGUCGUCCGCAAAGACCCCGCUCUCUACGCUCACGCCGCUCCCGUCGUAGCUCACGCCGCUCCCGUCGUAGCUCACGCCGCUCCCGUCGUAGCUCACGCCGCUCCCGUCGUAGCUCACGCCGCUCCCGUCGCCUACGCCGCUCCCCUCGCCCACGGCUACGCCGCCGCCCCCUUGGCUCACGGCUACUCCCACGGUGUGACCACCUACGGCGCUGUCGCCGCUCCCCUGGCUCACGGUGCCGUAGCUUACGGUGCUCACGCUGCUCCCCUCGCCUACAGCGCUGGAGUGUACGGUGCUCACGUAGCUCCCCUCGCUCAUGGUGCCAUCGCCUACGGUGCCCAUGGCGCUCACGGUCUCUACGGCGCUCACGUGUACUAAAUAAUAGUAUGAAAGUUAUUAUUUAUUUAGAAAAUGAAAUGAACGAUGCUGUGAUCAAAUAAAAACUGUUAAAGAACUGAA